ACUUAGGACGAAAGGUGUGGGAUUCAAGGUUACAUAUCCGUGGUUAUAAAGUGGUUUGUUGCAACUGGGAUAAUGGGGGCUACAAACAAGCUGGAAGACAAAAAUGUGGUUUCUGAUUCUGGUAGUGACUCGGACGACUCUGCGCCAGAAAUAGAAGAUUCUAAAGAACAAAGCGAUGCCAAAGUUUCACAUAUGGACGACGAAUUACUCAGUCGAUGUAAGCAGUCCAGAAGUGAAAAAAAAGCUAGGAAAGCUAUGUCGAAGCUGGGAUUAAAAUUAGUACAGGGAGUUUGCCGCGUAACUAUACGGAAAGCAAAGACCAUUAUGUUUGUAAUCAAUAGGGCAGAGGUCUAUAAAUCAUCUGCCUCGGAUACAUACAUUAUAUUUGGUGAGGCUAAGGUAGAAGAUAUAUCAGCACAAGCUCAGAUAGCUGCAGCUGAAAAACUUCGUAGUCAAGCUAUGGGAGGUGCUGAGUUAGGGACUUCCAGUGGUUUAUCAAAAGAUACAGUUUCAUCUAUCUCCAAGACUGCCAUCGCGGAGGAGUCUGAAGAUGAUGAAGAGGUAAAGUAAUUAUAAUUAAGUUGAUUCUGCUUAGCCUGAUGCUACUGGAUUGGAUGAAAAAGAUGUUGAACUCAUUAUGCAGCAAGCUGGUGUAUCGCGUGGCAAAGCUAUUCGAGCACUUCGUGAAAAUAACGAUGAUGUUGUCAAUGCUAUUAUGGUAGGAUCUGUUUAACCUAAUUGUUUUAUCUCUUCUAGUCACUCACAGGAUAGCCGGAAAAUUAUAAUGACAUGUGAUUUGUGUCGUUAAUAAUUCAAUCAUUAUUUUUGAAAACUAUUUCUCACAGCAUCAUAUUCUUAGUAAACAUUUUUUCACUGGUUUCGAACUUAUUUAUUUA